CAUAGUCCUGUCUGGAAAAACCCCAAGUCGAGCCGGCAUUCGGGUAGCGCGGAGCGCAGUCCCCGGAAGAGCGACUCGUCGUCCUUCGCAUCUCCGACACACCCGCUCACCUCCCCGUCGCCUCGCCGCCGCGACGACCGCCCUCACAAAUACGCUCGCCACUUCGGGCCGCGUCAGCCGCCGCCACUUCCCGGAUCCCGAUGCGCCGUACCCAUAUUCCAUCUUUUUGUCGCCUCGCUUCCCUAUUCCUUGCUCGACGCCUCUGACGGGGGCGGGCGGAAGCGCCAAACCCCGCUUCCUAGGGUUUGGGUUCGGGCUUGGGCCGGAUCGAUCUGGCUAGGGUUCGACGGGAGCUGCUCCAAUGGGGGAUCGGGAGGAGGACGAGGAGCUCCAGAUGGCCCUACGCAUGAGCCUCCAGGGCUCGCUGCCGGCGCAGCCCGAGCCCAAGCGCAGCAAGCCGCCCCCGCCGCCCGACGCGGAGGCGCCGGAGGCGGAGGCGCGCCGGAAGCAGCGUGAGCUCACGGCCGCCGCCGCCGAGAAGCGCCUCCGCGCGGCCGCCUCACCCGCAGCUGUCGUGAUGACGCGGUCUUCGCCGCAGCCGCUGCCGCCGGAGGAGGAGAUGGGGGAGCCGGAACCAACCGGGGUAUCUAUGGAGGAAGUGACGGAGGUGGAGGUGGAGGUGGAGGAGGAGGGAGAGGAAGGGGAGGAGUUGCCUCCGGAUGUCGCUGAGAAGCUGUGGGCAAUGGUGUUUGGGGGAGGGGUUUCAAAGGCCGUCUUGGCGCAAUGGAGCAAUCAGGGUAUCAGGUUUAGCUCUGACCCAGAAACUACUAUGGGACUAGUACAACAUGAAGGAGGCCCUUGUGGUGUCUUAGCUACCGUGCAGGCAUAUGUCCUUAAAUAUCUUUUGUUUUUCUCUGAUGAGUUGGGUAAUCCAGAGGUCAGUGACCCGUUGUAUACCCUGGGACAAAGACACUUUUAUCAGAGUUCUUUUGCUGAAAGGGAUGAUUUUUCUUCUCUAACUGUUGAUGGAAAGACGAGAGCAUUGGUUCAUGCUAUGGUGGAGAUUCUAUUUUUGUGCGGAACUGGGAAAAGAGCUGUUGUAGCAUCCAUUGCAUGUGUCAAUCGUGGAAAAAUUGAUGCAGUUUUGGAAGGUAUUUCUGUUGAAUCAGCAACAGAUCUUCAGAAAGUUCUUAGAACAAGUACAUUUACCUCAAGGAAGGAUGCAUUCAACAUCCUUUUGGCAAACAUUCCUCUGUUUGAAAGUCGAUUGGGAGCCAUGUUAUUUCUAAUCUCUGCUCUACUCUCGCGAGGAUUGGAAAAUAUCCAAGCAGACAGGGAUGAUCCAAGCCAGCCAUUGGUCACUGCUCCGUUUGGGCAUGCUUCACAGGAAAUUGUGAAUUUAUUACUCUGUGGAGAGGCUGUUCCAAAUGUAUUUGAUGGCAAGAUGGACCUUGGUGGUGGUAUGUCCUUGAAGGGCAUACCAAACAAUGUUGAAGUUGGUUUUCUUACCCUUCUGGAAUCACUAAAUUUGUGCAAGGUUGGCCAGUACCUUAAGUGCCCGAAAUGGCCAAUAUGGGUUGUGGGAAGUGAAAGUCACUAUACUGUCCUUUUUGCCCUAAGCCCGAAUGUUCAAGAGGAGAAUGAGCUGGAAGAGCGCGAAUCCAAAAUAAGGAGGGCAUUUGCUGCACAAGAUCAAAGUGGAGGUGGAGGCUUUAUUAGCGUUGAGGGAUUCCAACAAGUUCUCAGGGAUACUGACAUAAAGUUUCCUUCUGAUAAGCUCGAGGACCUAUGCAAUGCUGGCAUUAUAGUAUGGAGUGAAUUCUGGCAGGCACUGCUACAGUUGGAUAAAAGGGCUGGAGGCAUGAAGGAUCCAACUGGCCUUAUGGGCAAGAAGCAAUUCACCAUCUAUCACUUCAAUGGAAUUGCCAAGUCUGUGCUGAAUGGGAAUGCAAAUGCAGGUGGAUCAAGUCCUAUACAGAGACCCAGGUUAUCCAAGUUAAAUGUCACUGUCCCCCCAAGGUGGACUCAGGAUGAGUAUCUAGCUGAUGUUGCAAGUGCGUCAACCAGCGGCAGCAAGGAUGACAGUGUUCUUUCUCUAGCUCCACCAAUUCAGACAUCUCAGCACGCGCCAUUAGUGGACUGUAUUAGGACACGGUGGCCACGAGCAGUUUGUAGCUGGGCUGGAGAUGUGCCGAGUAUUGUCUGACACAGUGAGCCUUGUGCCAAUCACUCUAGCUAUGUUGCUGUUUAAUCCGAUUCUGAAGAGUCUACUCAGAGCGAGCCGCUUGAACUUCCACACUGUUAAGAUGGUGCCCUGCGAAAAGGAGGAAGAUGCUGCUGGUGUUGUAAUUGCUCCAGCUGAUGAAUAUAUGCUUUUUUUCUUCAACAUGAGUGAUGCUUUAAUGUGUGAUUUUUAUCAGGGACCUGAAUUCUCUUUUCCCCUUUAUUAACAUUAGAUGUAUACUCGAUUUAUGAAUAUGUUCAGUCUUGGGGUACAUUCUUUUCUGUACACAGAUAGUUUUGUUGUGUUUUUCAUUUUAUCUGGUACAGUGAGUUGGUUAGCCCGAAGGCUACUGAGUAAACGAGGAUCAAACUAUGAAUGAUCUUAUCAUGGCGUUACCCCUCU